AGUAGUAAGUAGAUAACUCACUCUAUACAUCCUCAUCAUCAUUGUACCCUGCACAGUAUCAUUUAUACAUCACCUCACAGAUUAUUAUUCUAUAUAUAUUACGUUCCCCCCAUACUUUUCUGCAAGCCCCUUCAUUUAUUUUUCUCUUUUCCCCCUCAAAUGGCCUCCACUUCCUCACCACCCUUCAUUACUAUCAUUACUAUCUUCUUCUUCCUCCUCCUACUAUUAGGAGUUUUCCGGCACACCGGAGAAGCCCGUGACCCGUUCGCUUGUGACCCGAAAGAUGGCACCACAAAGAGCUUGCCAUUUUGCAAUGUGUCACUGCCGAUACAGGAGAGGGUGAAGGACCUCAUUGGAAGGUUGACGCUGCAAGAAAAGGUUAACCUACUCGUGAACACCGCCGGUGCGGUUCCCCGGCUCGGGAUCAAAGGCUAUGAGUGGUGGUCGGAGGCGCUUCAUGGAGUCUCAAAUGUGGGCCCCGGAACCAAGUUUGGUGGUCAGUUCCCUGGUGCUACUAGCUUCCCACAAGUCAUCACCACCGCUGCUUCCUUCAAUGAUUCUUUGUGGGAGGCCAUUGGACGGGUUGUCUCGGACGAAGCAAGGGCAAUGUACAAUGGAGGAGCAGCAGGGCUAACGUAUUGGAGCCCAAACGUGAACAUUUUCAGAGACCCUAGAUGGGGCCGUGGACAGGAAACUCCUGGUGAGGACCCUGUGCUAGCUGGUAGAUACGCUGCUAGUUACGUGAGGGGGCUACAGGGAACUGAUGGUGACCGGUUGAAGGUGGCUGCUUGCUGCAAACACUUUACAGCUUAUGAUCUUGAUAAUUGGAACGGUGUGGAUCGCUUCCACUUUAAUGCACAGGUGAGUAAGCAGGACAAAGAGGAAACAUUUGAUGUUCCAUUCAGGAUGUGUGUGAAAGAAGGCAAAGUAGCAAGUGUGAUGUGUUCUUACAAUCAAGUCAAUGGGGUCCCAACCUGUGCAGACCCCAACCUCCUAAAGAGAACAGUUCGUGGACAAUGGCAUCUUGAUGGGUACAUUGUUUCAGACUGUGACUCAGUGGGAGUGUUUUAUAGUAACCAACAUUACACAUCAACACCAGAAGAAGCUGCUGCUGAUGCCAUUAAAGCAGGUUUAGAUUUAGAUUGUGGUCCUUUCCUAGGAUUGCACACGCAGGACGCGGUGAAAAAAGGUUUGUUAAGCGAAGCAGAUGUGAGUGGUGCUUUGAUGAACACACUCACAGUGCAGAUGAGGUUAGGUAUGUUUGAUGGAGAGCCAUCAGCUCAGAAUUAUGGCCACUUAGGUCCAAGAGACGUGUGUAAACCGGCUCAUCAAGAACUUGCCCUUGAAGCUGCAAGACAAGGGAUUGUGCUCCUUAAGAACAAUGGUCCCUCUUUGCCUCUCUCCCCGCAGCGUCACCGCACCGUGGCUGUCAUAGGCCCCAAUUCCGAUGCCACAUUCAUGAUGAUUGGAAACUAUGCAGGUAUUGCUUGUGGAUAUACCAGCCCUUUACAAGGAAUAGGAAGAUAUGCCAAGACUAUUCAUCAAAAGGGCUGUGAUCAUGCAACUUGUGCUGAUGACAAGCAAUUUGGGCCAGCUCUAGAUGCAGCUCGUCAUGCAGAUGCAACUGUUCUUGUGAUGGGGUUGGACCAGUCUAUUGAAGCUGAAACAAGGGAUAGGGUUGGGUUGCUUUUGCCAGGGCAUCAACAAGACCUUGUUUCAAAGGUAGCAGCUGCCUCAAGGGGACCAACUAUUUUGGUCUUGAUGUCUGGUGGACCUUUAGACAUUACUUUUGCAAAGAAUGACCCUAGAAUUGCAGGCAUCUUGUGGGCUGGCUAUCCCGGCCAAGCCGGUGGUGCUGCCAUUGCAGAUAUCCUGUUUGGAACCGCUAACCCAGGAGGUAAGCUACCUGUGACAUGGUACCCACAAGAGUACCUAAAAAACCUGCCAAUGACAAAUAUGGCAAUGAGACCAAGCAGAACAGCAGGGUACCCAGGAAGAACAUAUAGAUUCUACAAUGGCCCAGUGGUGUUUCCAUUUGGACAUGGACUGACUUACACUCACAUUGUCCACACCUUAGCUAGCGCGCUCACGGUGGUGUCAGUUCCGGUGGACGGUCACCGCCAUGCCAACAGCACCAACAUUUCAAACAAGGCAAUUAGAGUGACACACGCGCGGUGUGGCAAGCUCUCCAUCGCACUCCACGUCAACGUUAAGAAUGUGGGAUCUAGAGACGGCACUCACACAUUGCUAGUGUUCUCUGCUCCACCCGAUGGUGGUGCUCAUUGGGCAGUGCAGAAGCAGCUUGUGGCGUUUGAGAAGGUUCAUGUCCCUGCAAAGUCACAGCAGCGAGUCCAAAUCAACAUUCAUGUUUGCAAGCUCCUCAGUGUAGUGGACAGGUCAGGGAUAAGGAGAAUACCGAUGGGGGAACACAGUCUUCAUAUUGGUGAUGUUAAACAUUCUGUUUCACUUCAAGCUGAUGCAAUUGGAAUUAUCAAGUCCUGACCAGGAAUGUCUAAGUUCCUUUUCACUUGAUAAUUUGAAAAUUUAAAUUCAAACUACGUUGGUUCAAAGGAACCAUCUAUUCAAAGCGCAAUUUGUUGAUAUAUAUGGAUUGGAGUCUCAAGACAUGUUAGAUUGAGUGAUCUUAUUAAAGAUGUUUAAUAACAGAAUACUAGGAUUUGUUGCAAUUUCAGAGAGGAGAUUAAGGAAAUGUAUUAUUAUUCGAGUGAA